AUGGGGCUGGAGAGGCCAGAUCAGGUGGAAAAACUUGUGAAAUAUUUGGAUCCCAAUGACCUGGGGAGAAUCAACUUCAAGGACUUUUGCCGGGGGGUGUUCGCCAUGAAAGGGUGUGAGGAGCUGCUGAAGGACGUGCUGUCCGUGGAGAGCGCAGGGACGCUGCCCUGCGCACUGGAGAUCCCAGACUGUGUGGAGCAGGGCAGCAAAGUACCAGGCGCCACCUUUGCUGAUGGUGAGCUCCUCCCCAGGGAGCCUGCCUUCUUUCCAGAGGAUGAGGAGGAGGCUAUGACAUUGGCCCCGCCCGAGGGCCCCCCAGAGUCAGACAUGGACAGCCCCAUGGAGAGCACCCAGAGCCUGGAGGAGACAGUCGGCAGUCCCGCUGAUGAGAAGGAUGGGGGCCUCAGGGGCCUGUUCCUGCCAGAGGACAAGUCCCUGGUCCACACUCCAUCCAUGACGGCCUCAGACCUCUCCACACACUCCACCACCUCGCUCAUCAGCAACGAGGAGCAGUUUGAAGACUACGGGGAGGGGGACGACGUGGACUGUGCCCCCAGCAGCCCCUGCCCCGAUGACGAGACCAGGACCAACGCCUAUUCGGACCUGGGGUCUUCAGUGUCUUCCAGUGCGGGACAGACACCUAGGAAAAUGCGACACACGUACAGCAGCGAAUUGCUGGAUGUUUACUGCUCUCAGUGCUGCAAGAAAAUCAACCUGCUGAAUGACUUGGAAGCCCGGCUGAAAAACCUUAAGGCCAACAGCCCCAACCGAAAGAUCUCUAGCACGGCCUUCGGACGGCCUCCCCGGAAACAGACACACCCUUUCUGUGGAAACCCCUUCCCCACUCCUCUGAUCCUGCCACCCCUGCAGAGCAGGCCUCAGGUCCAGGACCCCGUCCUGGGCGUCCUCUCGCACCCAGAGGAGCACACGGCUGUGGAGACAGGUCUGGACGCAGACCCUGUGGCCUGGGUGAGCUUCCUAGAAAAAAAGGUGACAGAGCUGGAGAACGACAGCCUGACGAAUGGGGACCUGAAGAGCAGGCUGAAGCAGGAGAACACCCAGCUGGUGCACAGGGUGCAGCAAUUAGAGGAAGAAAAUAUGGAGCUUAGAACAACAGUGACUCGGCUCAAGUCGCAAACAGAGAAGCUGGAUGAGGAGCGGCAGCGCAUGUCCGACCGGCUGGAGGACACCAGCCUGCGUCUCAAGGAUGAGAUGGACCUGUACAAGCGCAUGAUGGACAAGCUGCGGCAGAACCGCCUUGAGUUCCAAAAGGAGCGGGAGGCGACGCACGGAGAUUCAGCCCCUGUGGACAGGGAAGCCCCUGUUACUCCCCCCCCCCCAUUUCUUUAA